AUCCUCAAAAAGCUCUUGAGGUCAAGUUUCAAUGGCUGUUUAAAGUUCUAUACACCAAGAUCACUUUCAACUCAAAAAGCCCCUUACUUUCUCUCUCAAGAUCACUACAUAAUGAUGAUCCAUUUGUCAACCUGAGCUAUGAGUUUAGCUACAACAUCAUCAUCUUCAAUGAUUUGGGUAAACUCUAUAUGGGUACUUCAUACUUGAAGUUGAGCUUCCAUUAAUGGUUGUUUGAAGAUUUGAGAUUUUACAAAUAAUUAUGACAAUCAUUAUCUUCAUCUUUCUUCUGCUUCUUCCUUUGAUUGGUUCAGCUGACCAAGAUGCUUUCGUUGGAGUGAACAUCGGCACGGCCCUCUCCGACAUGCCGAACCCGACCCAAACCGUCAUCCUUCUAAAAUCUCAAAACAUCCGCCAUGUCCGCCUCUACGACGCGGACCGCGCCAUGCUCUUCGCUCUCGCCAACACCGGAAUCCACGUCACCGUUUCCGUCCCCAACCAACAACUUCUCGGCAUCGCCCAAUCCAACACCACCGCCGCCAACUGGGUUUCCCGCAACAUCCUCCCCUACAUUACCACCACCAACAUCACCGCCAUUUCCGUCGGUACCGAAGUCCUCACCACCACCCCCAACACCGCGCCCGUCUUAGUCUCCGCACUUGAAAACAUCCACUCCGCACUCAUUUCCGCCAAACUCGACUCCCAAAUCAAAGUCUCCACCGCGCACUCUUCCUCGAUCAUCCUCGACUCUUUCCCGCCAUCACAAGCGUUCUUUAACCGCACUUUGGAGCCGGUUAUGAUCUCGUUGCUCGAGUUCCUCCAGUCAACGGGAUCGUACCUCAUGCUCAACGUCUACCCGUACUACGAUUACACACGAUCCAACGGCGCAAUCCCUCUCGACUACGCACUUUUCCGCCCAUUGUCACCCGAUAAAGAAGCCAUCGAUUUGAACACGCUUUUGCACUACACUAACGUCUUCGACGCAGUCGUAGACGCUGCUUACUUCGCUAUGAUGUAUUUAAACUACACCAACAUUCCGGUCGUCGUAACCGAAUCGGGCUGGCCGUCGAAAGGGGACGCCUCCGAGCCCGACGCGAACCCGGAUAACGCCAAUACCUACAACAGUAACUUGAUCAAACAUGUUUUAAACAACACGGGGACUCCGAAACACCCCGGUGUGGCGACCAGUACGUACAUUUACGAGCUUUAUAACGAGGAUUUGAAGGCGGGUUCGACGUCUGAGAAGAACUGGGGGCUGUUUAAUCCGGACGGGAGUCCGGUUUACGUGUUGCAUUUGACGGAUUCCGGGUCCGUGCUGGCGAAUGACACCACGGACCGGACUUUUUGCGUCGCGAAAGACGGCGCGGAUGUGAAAAUGCUCCAGGCCGCGUUGGAUUGGGCGUGUGGGCCCGGGAAGGUUAACUGUUCUAUGAUGUUGCAGGGUCAGCCGUGUUACGAGCCGGAUACGGUUGCGGCUCACGCGACUUACGCGUUUAAUGCGUAUUAUCAUCGGAUGGGUAUGGCGGAUGGGACUUGCGAUUUUAACGGGGUGGCUACCGUCACUACUACUGAUCCAAGUAGUGGUGAUUGUACGUUUCUAGGAAGUGGUGGGGGAAAUGGUACAUUCACUAAUGGUACAUCGCUGGCUCCGUCUUACUCGACUACUUCGGGCAGCUUAUCGCUAUGCAACUCGAUUUCGUUUUUUGAUAUAGGUCAAGCGUUAGUUUUGUUUGCGGUUUUCUUGUAAAAGUACGGGUAUUUGUUUCAGUAUUCGUUUCUUUAUUAGUGUAGCAUUUUUUUGAGAAGGUUUUGGUUCGUUGGGUA